AUGCAAAACAAUGAUACAGAACCAUAUAGCAGUGCCAGGGGGUACAAAAGAAAAUUCACAAAACCAACUGAUGCAAAUCUACCACCAGUCAUUACUUAAGGAGAUUAGAAGCAACAAAUGGACGCAGAUGAUUUAGAAAUUUUGAAUGGUGAAGAAUAAUAUAAAUUUCAAGUAAAAGAAUGGCUUCUUGGUUUGAAUGAUCCUUUCAAGUCUAAAUGGGAUAUAUUCAUUAUUAUUCUUGCUAUCUUCAACUGCUUUACUAUCCCCUAUGGAGUCGCAUUUUAACCACCUUCAUUUAAUGAGUGGUAUUUUACCUUUGUCAAUUAUAUGAUUGACCUUGUAUUCUUGUGCGAUCUUGUUAUAAAUUGCAGAACAACUUAUAUUAAUCCAAAGACAGGCGAGGAAGUUAAGACACCCAAAAAGAUCUUUACAGAACAACUUAAGGGAAGAUUUUGGAUAGAUUUAUUAGCAUCUAUUCCAUUAGAUGAAGUUAUGUCUGAAGUAAGCGCUAUUGAUUCAAGUUUUUUGUCAACUUUUGGUAUUCUUAAACUUGGGAGAGUCUUGAGACUCAAUCGUAUAAUCACAUAACUAAAUGUUGGUGAAAACACAAAAGCACUUCUUAAACUAUUCAAACUCUUUUUCUUUUUGAUGGUAUAUGUCCACUGCUUUGCAUGUCUCUGGUGGUACAUUAAUUCAGAUAGCUAUGCUAUCUAUUAUUCAGAUAUUACUACUUAGUAUUUAGUAUCGUUGCAUGCAGCAGUUAUAUUGAUUACAGGAAAUGAUAUAUUACCUAGAACUAUGAUUCAAGUUAUGCUAUGCGGUAUUGGGACAUUUAUGGGAGCAGUUAUUAACGCAAAUAUUUUUGGAGAGCUUGCAGUACUAAUAACAAUGCUAACCAUAAAAGAGUAAUAGUUUUAAUGGAAGGUAGACUAAAUUAACACAGCGAUGAAAAAUAUUAAACUUCCGAAGAUGAUGCAGUUUAAAAUCAAGGAUUACAUUUAUUCAACUCAAGCUUCGAAGGAAAACUAAUAUGAGCUUGAUAACUUCCUAACAACACUGUCUCCAAGUAUAAGGUACAACGUAUUAGUUCAUGAAUUUGCUAAGAUUAUCAGUACAAUAGAUGCUUUUAAAGGUGAAAAUGAUUUGGUUUAAAAAGUAGUAUCAAAGUUGCAAAUAUUAAUGUGCUUUCCUGAAGAUGAAAUUAUAAAAUAAGGGGAUGACGGAAUGAACCUUUAUUUUCUAGAAAAAGGAUCAGUUCUUGUAUACAGGGAAAAUUAUGAGCAUGUAAGAAGAUUUGUGAAAGAACUCAAGAUUGGAUCAAUGUUUGGAGAAAUUUCAAUGGUUUACAAUUGCAAAAGAACAGCAAGUGUGAUUUCUAAGAAUUACUGUACUUGCUCAAAUCUUGAUAAAAGUGACUUUGAAGAUAUUCUCAAGCAAUAUCCACAUAUUGGCUAAAUAUUGAAAGAAGGAAUUAAUAAGCAAUACCCUGAUAAGCUAAGAGAUUAUUUUUAAACAAUCAUGAAGAGAGUAGAAUACUUUGAAGAAGUAUCAGAUGAUCUUUUGUCAGAGAUUUUCUACACAAGUAGGAAGGAGAGCUUUGGAUUUGAAUAAGAAAUAUUUAAGGUUGGCUAAUAAUGCAACUAUCUAUAUGUUAUCAUGGCUGGAGUGGUUGAAAUUUAUCUUGAUGAUGGUAAAGAACCUCUAUUUAUGGACACACUUGGCAGAGGUUCAAUAAUUGGAAUGUAUAACAUGCUUAAAGAGGAGCAAUACUCUUAUUCAGCAAGAGCUGCUUAUUCUAAAGGAACUGUGAUUCUAGCUAUUUCUAUUGAGACCAUUCAGUUAGUUAGAAAACUCAAGACUGAAUUCGAUAGAAAAUUGAACCUUAUUGAAGAAAAUCUUGAGAAAAAUGGCCUACCUUAGAUAGACUAUCUGAUAUUCAAUGACAGAUCAAUUUUUCCCCUACCUGAUCCUCCAAAAACAGGCAGAAAAACUCUAGCUGAGACAAUGGUAUAGUUCAGAAAAGCUAUACGAAGAGUUUAAUUACUAAAUUAUUAACAGAAAAGAAAAGGUGGUUUUAUGCAUUCGCUUUUGUUUGAACUUUAAUCAAUAUAAAAGAUCUAGAAUUCUAAAGGAAUUUCAUGGGUGGAGGAUACAAUUAAGCAUCUUGAUUACUCCAAAGUCAUUGAUUAGAAAAUGUUAGGUUAACUUGAAGAAGACGUUAAUCAUAUGAAAAGAAUUGUACAUAUUUAGAAUGAUAAAUUAGAUCAAAUAGAGUAUCUAAUGUAAUUAGUUGACUAUGAAGCAGAAUUUAACAAUGAUAUGAGAAUGUUUGAAUAGGUUAAAUAGAUCCUUGGGUUUAAAAAUGAUAACAUGCCAACAAUAUCAUCUGGAUUUCUUUGA